AUGCUUUUUAGGAAUUUUAUUUUAUCUACCACUAUUUUCUUUUCUUUCCUUUUAUUAACAACCUGCAUUGUGAAAGAUGAUGAAAACAUAUUGGAUGAUGGGGUUUCUGAUAUAAUUAAUGAAUCUUCUCCAGCCCAAGAUCCUUCAUCUGAAUGGUCCAAGAAUAUUGACGGGUCGGAGCGUAAUGACAAUAUCUUAAUUCGGUGUCGCCUUCGACCUAUCAAUUAUUGGAAUUACACCGAGGGUCAAGCUAAAAUUGUCUUAGGUCACCAAUUUGAAUCCGCUAUUGGAAUGGGGCAGCAUUAUUUAUCUACUUCACAUGAUAUUUUUGGCGUCGAUCGUGAAAUUCCGAUCCAUCGACACAAGAGACGUCUUUUCUCAAUUUUCAAUCCUUUCUUUCUCGCUCCAUCUGAGUCCCAGAGUCAAGGCAGUAACAACUACGUUCUUAUAAAUAAGAAAAGGAAAUCAGAAAAAAACACACUGUCGGCUGUUAGACGUGAACCUAUUUUCGUGGAUAGUCAGUGUAGUCUUGUUUUCAUCUACGCUCGGUGGUGUCCCUUCUCAAUGGCCAUAGCUCCCUCCAUCAACGCUCUAGCUCGAGCCUUUCCUCAACUUCCAGUAAUCGCCAUAGAUGUGGAUGAGUAUCUACGCUAUCGGUGGUCACUGCGUGUCUUCUAUGUUCCAAAGUUGAAAAUCUUUGUUGGCGACAACGUUUAUCGAGAAUUCAAUGGCACAGACUCUGAAUUGGAUGAAAUGGUAGACUUUGUCUGGCGUCAUUUGCGUAUUAUGCCACAGGGACCAGUAGAACUCCGCAGAUCGGAUUUUCUGGGACCCAUUCCUAAUCAACUUCUAAUUCGGCAAACGGAUGAGAGAUUCUUACUUCUAAUUUGGGCCAUCUUCUUUCUCAGCAUCCUCUACUUUGUGGCCUCGUGUUUGGAUUGGCGAAAAAUGCGUCAACACUUGUCAGCUGUGCUCAAAUCUCUGGGUCACCUUCUAGAUCAUCAGGAUUAUCGGUUGGAAAGAAGAAAUGCGGCAGCUUAUGCAGUUCUCCCGUCUCUUCCUCCUCCCCCAAUUUCUAUUUCCCGAACUCAAUCUUCGGUUUCUGCGUCUACUUCGACUGAAACCCAUUCGCAUGAAGAUUAA